ACCCCCUGCACCAACCGGGGCCGUAACCCAUCGCCAUGGGGGUGAAAACCACGCUCCCCAGCUACGAGCUGGGGUUUUACGCCCUGGCCGUGACCUGUGCCGUGCUGUACAGCGGCAGCGGCAUCUUCGAGGCAUCCAGAGACAGCGCAAACAGAAAGGCUUUUCGGGACGGCAUCAAGCCGGGCUGGCACUACUUCGGCAGGAAGAUGGACGCGGCCGAUUUCGAGUGGGUGAUGUGGUUCACCUCGUUCCGCAACGUUAUCAUCUUCGCCCUCUCGGGGCACGUCCUCUUCGCCAAGAUCUGCUCCAUGACGGUGCCGCAGCACCGGGCCGUGGUGUACAUGCUCUACGGGGUCCUGGCCGUGCUGGGUAGCAUGGGGCUCGUCUACCUGAUGAUCGUCCUCUCCCACUGCCUCGUCCUCUACUCCGUCGCCCUGGCCAAGCAGAAGUGGCUCUGUUUCGUGGCCGGGCUCUGCUGCCUCGCCUCCUUCAAGCUGGAGCCCUUCAGCUCCUGGCAGAGCGGGUUUGUAACGGGAGCUUUUGAUCUUCAAGAUGUCCUCUUCUACGGAGGCUGCGGCUUCACCAUCAUGCGCUGCAUGAGCUUCGCGCUCGAGAGCUGCGAGAGGAAGGAGGGCAUCUACUCCAUCUUCGACCUCCUCAAGUACAACUUCUACCUCCCCUUCUUCUUCUUCGGGCCCGUCAUGACGUUUGACCAGUUCCAUGCCCAGGUGAGCACCCGGGAGCUGAGGCGCAAAGACGACGAGAUGAGGAAUAUUCGGGUCCAUGCCCUCCUCCACGUGGGGGCCGUCAUCGCUGUGGACAUCUUCUUCCACUUCUUCUACAUCCUCACCCUCCCUUCGGACCUGAAGUUCGUGAACCGCCUCUCGGACUGGUCCCUGGCUGGCCUGGCCUACUCCAAUUUGGUCUACGACUGGGUGAAAGCUGCCGUUAUGUUUGGGGUCACCAACACCAUUGCCAGACUGGACCACUUGGACCCUCCCCAGCCCCCCAAAUGCAUCACCAUGCUCUACGUCUUUGCAGAAACGCAUUUUGACAGAGGGAUUAAUGACUGGUUAUGCAAGUACGUGUAUGACCACAUUGGAGAGAACCACGACAACAUCAUCAAGGAGCUCAUCGCCACCAUCGCCACGUUCGCCGUCACCACCCUGUGGUUGGGACCCUGUGAGAUCGUCUACAUCUGGUCUGUCUUCAACUGUUUCGGCCUCAACUUCGAGCUCUGGGUGCAGAAGUUCUUCCAGUGGGAGCCCUUCGCCAAGCUCGAGGCCAAGAUGUCAGCAGCCAUGUCUCGGCGGAUUAGGGCGGCUUUUGGGGCGGUGAAUUUCUGGGCCAUCGUCCUCUACAACAUCCUGGCCCUCAACAGCCUGGAGUUCGCACAGCUGGUCACCAAGAGACUGCUCCUGACAGGUUUCCCCGUCAGCACCCUGUCCAUCUGGUUCAUCACCUACUGCGGAGUGCAGCUGAUCAAAGAGCGCGAACGCAUCCUGGCCAUCGAUGAGGAGAAGGGUGACAAAGCCAAGGCAGAGUAGAGAGGACACCGCUGGGCUUGUCCCAGAGCAACUCCCCUCGGACCACCGCUGCCAGGCCAGCCCCUGGCGGGGGCUCUCCACGCACUCCUGGCGUUCAGACUGCUGUAGCUCACCCCUCUAGAAGUCACCUGGAAGGCACAGGUCACCCCCAUGCUGCAGGGAAGAUUUUCUGUGACACAAUGGGCAUUUGACAGGCUUCCCAUGUGUGGCAGACUGCUGAGGUAGGCUCCCGAGACAUUUCUUUAGGUACCCAUCAUUUUUCUGACCCUCUGACAUUAUACAAGCCUAGAGAUUUCACCCCAUGCUUCCCACCACACCUUGUCCACCAGCAUUCAGCUCUCCCACGGGACCUGUAGCCCAUAUCUCCCAGAAGAGGCUAUCCAGGUCCCGCAGCUGGAGGUUUUAGGGUGGGCCAGAUGCAGCUCUGAGAAGGGGAUUAGCUGGUGAUGAGCCUGUGCUGAGCAGACCAUGCCAGGUCACUUCCCGUCCAAGCAUCACACAUUUCUUCCACUACAACAAAUGGUCACCAUGCACUGUGAAGUGCUCAACGCCUGUGGCUGUUCAUUAAGGACUUGUGAAAUGGCUCAGCACGGUAUAUACCCACCGAGAGGCUAAUAAAUAAAUAGAACAGCCUUUAUAGCAAAGGGGAGGACCAGGAACUGCACGCUGAAGAAUAAUUAUCUUCCUGCCCCUGUCACCGGUGCAGAGUGAUGUCUGUUGUGAUCUAAAAUCACGUCCCUUCACUCCUAAAUGUCUUGAAAAAUGAUUUAAUGCCAACCCUAGGUGUGGUUAAUGACAGUGCAGGAGGCAUUUCUGCUUCGUGUACUGAUCACCUGUGGAACGGGCAUGCCAAAGAAACGCAGCACCCAACUCACAGCCGCUCAGUCCCCAGACCCCGACUCUGACCCAAAAGGCUCCUCACCAUGGUUGUGAGAUCUGUGUGGCCACCACGGCCAUCUCUCUGUGAUAUAUGCCCUGGGACUCAAACCAAAUGCCACUCACAUUUUUUUGCAUGCCAUGGACAAAGGUUCAAGCUCACAUUCCUGCCCAUGGCCAAGGACAAGAGGACUCUGCAGCCUGCUCUUGCUCAUCUCCAGCAGCCAGCCCUUUGCUCAACUGACUUUGGUGCACGCAUCCAAAGCCUGUGUGGCUAAAGGAGCACACACAUCUGUAUAACCAAAGGAGAAAGAUGCUGAAUGAAGGGCAACGAUUUGGGGCUGGGUGGUGGAGGGAAAGUGCCUGAUAGCCUCCUAGGAGAAGUAGACUUUGGGACACUGCAUAGGGAGUGCAUUGAAUGUGGAACACGGUGCCUUGGGGAAGAGGUGAGUUUAUAACUCAAAAUAGUUCCAGCUCUCUUGCAGUUUACAGUUGCUUUCAGUGGCCUUAUGUCUGAAUUAUGUCAGUGUUUGGUGAGUGUGGGAUCUGGACCACUUUGCAACCAUGGGUUGAGAUGCUUGGUGCUGGUGUGUUCUGGCUUCUCUGUGGAUGAAACGGGAAUGGUUCUUCGCCAGCCUUCAGCUCUGCCAAAGUAAUUUAUGAAGUCCCUGAUAAAUGUCAUUUAUUUAUGUAGUAAAUAAUUGUUGGACGUUU